GCAGCCGAAUCUAUAAAAGGAACUAGUCCCGGCAAAAGCCCGGUAAUUCCGAGGGAGAGUGAGUGGGGCAGGGACCCGCAGAGCCGAGCUGACACUUCUCUCCCCGGGCGCGAGGCAGGGAGGGCAAGGGGCGCCGCAGGACGAGGGCCACCGGAGCCAAUUUCCUGGGGCGCUUCGCUUCUUUCCCCCGUAUUCCCCUCCCUUCUUCGGAAGGGUUUUUCAAAGGGUGGGGAAAAGAGACGAAAACACAAAAGUGGAAAACAGAUUAAAGAACUGAGAGGUUAACUAACUUGUCCCUGACCACACAUCUUUCAAGUGGCAGAGCUAAGAUGUGAACGGUGCCAGGGUCGUUAACUCUCACACUGAGCGGUGAGGGUAGCAUGAGACAGUUUCAGCUGCUGCUGGCAGGACUUUCCAGGGAUGCUCACUAUGUUCUGUUAAUGACCAGCCACAGCGUCCCUGCUGUGAGCUCCGGCCACUGCCUCCACGAUUCCCAGUCACACUCAGGUUGCUGUGGGCGCCAGCUGAGGGAACAUGGCUUGCUGGCCUCAGUUGAGGCUGCUGCUGUGGAAGAACCUCACUUUCAGAAGAAGGCAAACAUGCCAGUUGUUGCUGGAAGUGGCCUGGCCCCUCUUCAUCUUCCUGAUCCUGAUCUCCGUUCGGCUGAGCUACCCGCCCUAUGAACAACACGAAUGCCACUUUCCAAACAAAGCCAUGCCCUCUGCGGGAACACUUCCCUGGAUUCAGGGGAUUAUCUGUAAUGCCAACAACCCAUGCUUCCGUUACCCGACUCCCGGUGAGGCUCCCGGAGUUAUUGGAAACUUUAACAAAUCCAUUGUGUCUCGCCUGUUCUCAGAUGCUCAGCGGCUUCUUUUAUAUAGCCAGAAAGACACCAGCAUGAAGGACAUACACAGUGUUCUGAGAACAUUACAGAAGAUCGAGAGUAACAGCUCGGGUUUGACCCUUCGGAAUUUCCUGGUGGACAACGAGACCUUCUCCGGAUUCCUGAAUCACAACCUCUCUCUGCCUAGGUCUACUGUGGACAAUAUACUGGGGGCUGAUGUCAGUCUUCGCAAGGUAUUUCUGCAAGGCUACCAGUUACAUUUGGCUGAUCUGUGCAACGGAUCCAAGUUAAAAGAGGUGAUCCACCUUGAUGACCACGAAGUUUCCACGCUCUGCAGUCUGCCCCCGGAGCAGCUGGAGGCAGCUGAGCAAGUUCUGCGUUCCAACGUGGACAUCCUGAAGCCCAUCCUGAGAGGAAUAGGCACUGUAUCACCCAUCCUGAACAAGGAGCUGUCCGAAGGCACAAAAGCUUUGCUGGAUAGUCUCGGGACUCUGGCCCAAGAGCUGUUGAGCAUGAGAAGCUGGAGUGACAUGCGGCAGGAGGUGAUGUUUCUGACCAACGUGAACAACUCCGGCUCCUCCACCCAGAUAUACCAGGCUGUCUCCCGCAUCGUCUGUGGCCAUCCUGAGGGCGGGGGCCUGAAGAUCAAGUCCCUCAACUGGUAUGAGGACAACAACUACAAAGCCCUCUUUGGAGGCAAUGGCACCGAGGAAGAUGCUGGCACCUUCUAUGACAAUUCUACAACUCCAUAUUGCAAUGAUCUGAUGAAGAAUUUGGAGUCCAGCCCUCUUUCCCGCAUCAUAUGGAAAGCUCUCAAACCUCUGCUUGUUGGGAAGAUCCUGUAUACACCUGACACUCCAGCCACAAGGCAGGUUAUGGCUGAGGUGAAUAAGACUUUCCAGGAACUGGCUGUGUUUCAUGAUAUAAAAGGCAUGUGGGAGGAACUCAGCCCCAAGAUCUGGACCUUCAUGGAGAGCAGCACAGAGAUGGACCUUGUCCGGGCGCUCUUGAACAGCAGAGGCAAUGACCGCUUCUGGGAACAGCGAUUGGCCGGCUUAGAUUGGACCGCCAAAGAUAUUUUGGUUUUCCUGGCCAAGUACCCAGAGGAUGUCCAGUCAGAUAACGGCUCUGUGUACACCUGGAGAGAAGCUUUCAAUGAGACCAGCCGGGCAGUGCAGACCAUAUCUCGCUUCAUGGAGUGUGUCAACCUGAACAAGCUGGAACCAAUAGCAACAGAAGUUUGGCUCAUCAACAAAUCCAUGGAGCUGCUGGACGACAGGAAGUUCUGGGCUGGCAUCGUGUUCACUGGAAUUAGCCCUGACAGUGUCACGCUGCCCCGUCAUGUCAAGUACAAGAUCCGAAUGGACAUUGACAAUGUGGAGAGGACGAAUAAGAUCAAAGAUGGGUACUGGGACCCUGGUCCUCGGGCUGACCCCUUUGAGGACAUGCGGUACGUCUGGGGGGGCUUCGCCUACCUGCAGGAUGUGGUGGAGCAGGCAAUCAUCAGGGUGCUGACGGGCACCGAGAAAAACACAGGUGUCUACGUGCAGCAGAUGCCCUACCCCUGUUACGUCGAUGACAUCUUCCUGCGGGUGAUGAGCCGGUCAAUGCCUCUCUUCAUGACACUCGCCUGGAUUUACUCUGUGGCUGUGAUCAUCAAAGGCAUCGUGUACGAGAAGGAGGCGCGGCUGAAGGAGACCAUGCGCAUCAUGGGCCUGGACAACGGCAUCCUCUGGUUCAGCUGGUUCAUCAGUAGCCUCAUCCCUCUGCUCGUGAGCGCCGGUCUGCUGGUGGUCAUCCUGAAAUUCGGAAACCUACUGCCAUACAGCGACCCCAGCGUGGUGUUUGUCUUUCUGUCCGUGUUCGCCGUGGUGACCAUCCUGCAGUGCUUCCUCAUCAGCACGCUCUUCUCCAGAGCCAACCUGGCGGCGGCCUGUGGGGGCAUCAUCUACUUUAUGCUGUACCUGCCUUACGUCCUGUGUGUGGCGUGGCAAGACUAUGUGGGCUUCACGCUCAAGAUCUUUGCGAGCCUGCUGUCCCCUGUGGCUUUUGGGUUUGGCUGUGAGUACUUCGCCCUUUUCGAGGAGCAGGGCAUCGGGGUGCAGUGGGACAACCUCUUUGAGAGCCCUGUGGAGGAAGAUGGCUUCAACCUCACCACCUCGGUCUCUAUGAUGCUGUUUGACACCUUCCUGUAUGGUGUGAUGACGUGGUACAUCGAGGCUGUCUUCCCAGGCCAGUAUGGAAUUCCCAGGCCCUGGUAUUUCCCCUGCACCAAGUCCUACUGGUUAGGUGAGGAAAGUGAUGCGAAGAGCCAUCCCGGUUCCAGCCAGAAGGGAGCAUCUGAAAUCUGCAUGGAGGAGGAGCCCACCCACCUGAAACUGGGUGUGUCCAUUCAGAGCCUGAUGAAGGUGUACCGAGACGGCAUGAAGGUGGCUGUGGACGGCCUGACCCUGAACUUCUAUGAGGGCCAGAUCACCUCCUUCCUGGGCCACAACGGAGCUGGGAAGACCACCACCAUGUCCAUCCUGACAGGGCUGUUCCCUCCCACCUCGGGCACCGCCUACAUCCUGGGGAAGGACAUUCGCACUGAAAUGAGUACCAUCCGGCAGAACCUGGGAGUCUGUCCCCAGCACAAUGUACUGUUUGACAUGCUGACUGUUGAAGAACACAUCUGGUUCUACGCCCGCCUGAAGGGGCUCCCAGAGAAGACUGUGAAAGCGGAGAUGGAGCAGAUGGCCCUGGAUGUUGGUUUGCCACCCAGCAAACUAAAAAGCAAAACAAGUCAGCUGUCAGGUGGAAUGCAGAGAAAGCUGUCUGUGGCCUUGGCCUUUGUUGGCGGAUCCAAGGUUGUCAUUCUGGAUGAGCCCACAGCCGGUGUGGAUCCUUACUCCCGCCGGGGAAUAUGGGAGCUCCUGCUGAAAUAUCGACAAGGCCGCACCAUCAUCCUCUCCACGCACCACAUGGACGAAGCAGAUAUCCUGGGUGACAGGAUUGCCAUCAUUUCCCAUGGGAAGCUGUGCUGUGUGGGCUCCUCCCUGUUUCUGAAGAACCAGCUGGGAACAGGCUACUACCUGACCCUGGUCAAGAAGGAUGUGGAGUCCUCCCUCAGUUCCUGCAGAAACAGCAGUAGCACUGUGUCGUACCUGAAAAAGGUGGUGCCUGAGCUUCCCCCAGCUGGGCAGAGUGGAGGCAGAGGAGGAGAGGUGCAGAGGCUGGUGGCGCUGACUCAAGAUGUGUCCGCCAUCUCCAACCUCAUCCAGAAGCACGUGGCCGAGGCCCGGCUGGUAGAAGACAUUGGGCAUGAGCUGACCUACGUGCUGCCCUAUGAAGCUGCCAAAGAGGGAGCCUUCGUGGAACUCUUCCAUGAGAUUGAUGACCGGCUCUCAGACUUGGGCAUCUCCAGUUAUGGCAUCUCGGAGACUACCCUGGAAGAGAUAUUUCUCAAAGUGGCUGAAGAGAGUGGGGUGGAUGCUGAGACCUCAGAUGGCACUUUGCCAGCGAGACGAAACAGACGGGUCUUCGGGGACAAGCAGAGCUGUCUGCGCCCAUUCACCGAAGACGAUGCUGUUGAUACAAACGAUUCCGACAUAGACCCAGAAUCCAGAGAAACAGACCUGCUCAGUGGGAUGGAUGGCAAAGGCUCCUACCAGGUGAAGGGCUGGAAACUCACACAGCAACAGUUUGUGGCCCUUCUGUGGAAGCGGCUGCUGAUUGCCAGGCGGAGUCGGAAGGGAUUCUUUGCUCAGAUUGUCCUGCCAGCUGUGUUUGUCUGCAUUGCCCUGGUGUUCAGCUUGAUUGUGCCCCCCUUUGGCAAGUACCCCAGCCUGGAGCUUCAGCCCUGGAUGUACAAUGAACAGUACACAUUUGUCAGUAAUGAUGCCCCUGAGGACACGGGCACCCAGGAACUCUUGAAUGCCCUCACCAGAGAGCCGGGCUUUGGGACGCGCUGCAUGGAAGGAAACCCAAUCCCAGACAGGCCCUGCUUGGUCGGGGAGGAGGAGUGGACCACUGCGCCAGUUCCCCAGACCAUUGUGGACCUCUUCCAGAAUGGGAACUGGACGAUGGAGAACCCCUCACCCACCUGCGAGUGUAGCAAUGACAGAAUCAAGAAGAUGCUGCCCGUGUGUCCCCUGGGGGCCGGGGGGCUGCCUCCUCCACAGAGAAAGCAGAACACUGAGGACAUCCUUCAGAACCUGACGGGAAGAAACAUCUCGGAUUAUCUGGUGAAGACCUAUGUGCAGAUCAUAGCCAAAAGCUUGAAGAACAAGAUCUGGGUGAAUGAGUUUAGGUACGGCGGGUUCUCCCUGGGUGCCAGAAAUUCUCAGUCACUUCCUUCAAGUCAAGAAGUUAAUGAUGCCAUCAAGCAGAUCAAGAAAAUCUUGAAUCUGGCCAAGGACAGUUCUUCGGAUCGAUUUCUCAGCAGCUUGGGCAGUUUCAUGAAAGGACUGGACACAAAAAACAACGUUAAGGUGUGGUUCAAUAACAAGGGGUGGCAUGCAGUCAGCUCUUUCUUGAAUGUCAUCAACAACGCCAUUCUGCGGGCCAACCUGCAGAAAGGAGCGAACCCUAGCCAGUACGGGAUUACUGCCUUCAAUCACCCUCUGAAUCUCACCAAGCAGCAGCUCUCGGAAGUGGCUCUGAUGACCACCUCAGUGGAUGUCCUUGUGUCCAUCUGUGUUAUCUUUGCGAUGUCCUUCGUUCCCGCCAGCUUUGUUGUGUUCCUGAUCCAGGAGCGGGUCAGCAAAGCGAAGCACCUGCAGUUCAUCAGCGGAGUGAAGCCCGUCAUCUACUGGCUGUCCAAUUUUGUCUGGGAUAUGUGCAACUAUGUGGUCCCCGCCACGCUGGUCAUUAUCAUCUUCAUCUGCUUCCAGCAGAAGUCCUAUGUGUCCUCCACCAACCUGCCUGUGCUGGCCCUCCUGCUUUUGCUGUAUGGGUGGUCGAUCACACCUCUCAUGUACCCAGCCUCCUUCGUGUUCAAGAUCCCCAGCACCGCCUACGUGGUCCUGACCAGCGUGAACCUCUUCAUCGGGAUCAACGGCAGUGUGGCCACGUUUGUGCUGGAGCUCUUCACCGACAAUAAGCUGAAUAACAUCAAUGAUAUCCUGAAGUCUGUGUUCUUGAUCUUCCCACAUUUUUGCCUGGGACGGGGGCUCAUUGACAUGGUGAAAAACCAGGCGAUGGCCGAUGCCCUGGAAAGAUUUGGGGAGAAUCGCUUCGUCUCGCCACUCUCUUGGGACCUGGUGGGACGAAACCUCUUUGCCAUGGCUGUGGAAGGGGUGGUGUUCUUCCUCAUCACUGUUUUGAUCCAGUACAGAUUCUUCAUCAGGCCCAGACCUGUAAAGGCAAAGCUUCCUCCUCUGAAUGAUGAGGAUGAAGAUGUCCGGCGGGAAAGACAGAGGAUCCUCGAUGGCGGAGGACAGAAUGACAUCUUGGAAAUCAAGGAGUUGACUAAGAUAUACAGGAGGAAGAGGAAGCCUGCUGUUGACAGGAUUUGUGUUGGCAUUCCUCCUGGCGAGUGCUUUGGGCUCCUGGGAGUUAACGGGGCUGGGAAGUCAUCGACUUUCAAGAUGCUGACUGGAGACACCACUGUGACCAGAGGAGAUGCUUUCCUCAACAAGAACAGUAUCUUGUCAAACAUCCACGAAGCUCAUCAGAACAUGGGCUAUUGCCCUCAGUUCGAUGCCAUCACAGAGCUGAUGACCGGGAGAGAACACGUGGAGUUCUUUGCUCUCUUGAGAGGAGUCCCAGAGAAAGAAGUGGGCAAGGUCGGUGAGUGGGCAAUUCGGAAACUGGGCCUUGUGAAGUACGGUGAGAAAUAUGCUGGCAACUACAGUGGAGGUAACAAGCGCAAGCUUUCGACAGCCAUGGCUUUGAUCGGCGAGCCUCCUGUGGUGUUUCUGGACGAGCCAACCACCGGCAUGGAUCCCAAAGCCCGGCGAUUCCUGUGGAAUUGUGCCCUAAGUGUCGUCAAGGAGGGCCGAUCAGUAGUGCUUACAUCUCACAGUAUGGAAGAGUGCGAAGCUCUUUGCACUAGGAUGGCAAUUAUGGUCAACGGGAAGUUCAGGUGUCUUGGUAGCGUCCAACAUCUGAAAAAUAGGUUUGGAGACGGUUAUACAAUAGUGGUACGAAUAGCGGGGUCCAGCCCUGACCUGAAGCCAGUCCAGGACUUCUUCGGGCUCGCCUUUCCGGGAAGCGUCCUCAAGGAGAAGCACCGGAACAUGCUGCAGUACCAGCUCCCGUCCUCGCUGUCUUCCCUGGCCCGCAUAUUCAGCGUGCUUUCCCAGAGCAAAAAGCGACUCCACAUAGAGGACUACUCCGUUUCUCAGACAACACUUGACCAAGUAUUUGUAAACUUUGCCAAGGACCAAAGUGAUGAUGACCACUUAAAGGACCUGUCAUUACACAAAAACCAGACAGUAGUGGACGUUGCCAUUCUCACAUCUUUCCUGAAGGACGAGAAAGUGAAAGAAAGUUAUGUGUGAACAAUCCUGGUCACACAGCGUGGCUCAAAGAAAGGAGGAACGGAACUUGCCCUUCCUUUGCACCGGGCGAAGAGUCCGGAGGAAAGAGCUGGAAGUUUCCGUGGGAAGAAGUAAACUGGAUACUGUACUGAUACUAUUCAAUGCAAUGCAAUUCAAUGCAAUGAAAACAAAAUUCCACAACAGGGGCAGUGCCUUUGUAGCCGAUGUCGUAUGGCUCUCGAGUGAAAAAAGACUUGAAUUUAGUUUAUUACCUUAUGCCUAUGUAAAACUCUAGUAUGGGAACCCAGUGGACAUUUGGGUUUGAGAUCAUACUUUUUUUUUUUCCUUUGCAUUCUCAUUGGGGUUGCAACAAUAAUUCAUCAAGUAAUCGUGGCCAGUGAUCAUUUACCCAAAUCCAAAGGCACGCGUGCACGUCGUCACUCAUUAAGCCGUGCCAUGCCAGGAGACUGGUUUCCUGGUGACACCUCUGUUGAUGGCAAUGAGUGCACCAGAAUUACUAGUGCCAAGUUGUGCUCAGAAAGCCUGAAGCACCCUGGUGUGUCACGCACACUUUGGUGGAAGCAGUUCUACUCAGAGUCUAUCGACAUCAUCACAUAUCAGGUGACAAAAUGGUGCCAUGUGUGGGGGCAAAGUCCUGCUUGGAUCCCCUCGCCAAUGAGCUGCUCUGGUGGUGGUCACAUGCAAAUUGUGGGUGGCUCUGGACAAGUGAGACUUGGUUUCUUUGUUACAUUGUCCCUCGCUUGGAGCCAUGGGUCUCCAGGGCCAUCUUUUCUGGGACUCUUUCAAUGCACUUACAUCCUGGUAAGAAGCAAAGAACCAGCAGCCAAGUUGUUGGGGCUGUGAGCUGCUGAGGCCAGGGCACGGGAUUAAAGAGAUGGUGUGUUCACACCUGGCCAGGCCUGUGUCCCUGGUGUUCACUUGUCCCGACUGUCCGCCAACACGGUACACUGCAUCUCAAGAUCUCAUCUGACACAGUGUAGUUUCAUUUCUGGCUUUUUGAAUUAAUCUAGCAUACGAAAAGGUGGAGUCGUAUUUUGACAAAAUCUUUGUACUUGUACUGUUGUUUGGGAUUUUAAGUUCUAUCGUUGACUUCUGAAACCUUAGAAUGGCCUCUCUGUGGAAGCCUGUGGCAGAAGGGAGUACGGCCACACUGCCCUGCCAGCCGUGUUUCCCCAUGUAGGUUCCCAGGUGGAUUGUCUGACUAGUGCCUUGUGACUAGAAAACAGUGUGAUGGUCAAGCUGUCGUGACAUUGUAUUUAAGUUCCUUUAAGAUCAUUUCAAAUACUCUUCAUCUCAGUUCAUUAAUCAAGUUUGUUUCUUGAGUCUGUGUUAUAGCUGAGUGAGUGUGGGCGGAUGGAUGGGGUGGGGAGGAAUUAAGAUUCAGACUUCUUGUGCCAUGUUGUUUAGCUAACUGGUUUGCCAAUACAGGGUGUUCAGCUGUGGUCGUGGGGUCCAAAUGAGAGAGAAUUGGACCGCCCACUUCUUGAAAAUAGCAGCAAUGCAAAAGUCAAGAGUGUUUAAAUGUCCUAAGGGUCACACGACUUCAACAAUGAAUAUUUUUACAUAGAGAAGACAGCUAGUUUUAAAAGUUGUUAAGCAAGACAAUUUGUGCUUAUGGCUUUUAGUAACUUCAAAUAAUUGUCUUUGAAGGUCUUGAUACACAGUCCCAAAUUUUUCAUCUCUAAAAUCACUAACCUAUCAUGGAAAAAAAAAGAAGUAUAUUUCAGGUUUUUCCAACCCAGUCCUAUAUAUAUUUUUAGUAAACACUUUAUAAAUAUUAUUUUACUAAUGCUUAAUGUUACCUGUCUUGAGACAACAAACAUAUGAGGGAACUACUAUUUGGUGAAGUUCAAGUGAUCUUUCAUUACUUGUUUUCUAAAAUUUAUUAACUCUAAGGAUGUAAAAUUUCAGAUCUAUUUUAAAUUAAUUUUUAGUUUUUUAAAAAUUUACAGAAUGUUAUUACAUAACUCAUUGAUUGGAAAAGAAAAUGACUUUUAGAAAUUAAUGCCAAAGUUGUUUUCUAAAAUGACAAGCAAGUAAUGAAGGCGUAGUUCCAAACACUAGAGAUCUUUUUGUUUUAUGCUAAGAUGAUAUAAAAUUCAUAGAAUAGUUUCUCCUUGUUCAGUAUUUUUCAAAAUUAAACUUGUUUCCCAUUUCAUUAGAAUGACGUUUGAAUUUUCUACUAUAUCAAAUCCAACAACAGAUUCUUGCUUUAAUUACUCUGAUAUCAAGGCCAUAUUUUUAAAAAAAUUCAAAGGACACUGUGAACUAUUUUGAAAAAUAUACAAUGUUUCAAUAUAGAUUUAAAAGGAUCUCUUCUGAAGCUAGAAACAAUCUACAAUUACACAUCAACUUCAUUAAUACUGUUACCUUUUAGACUAUUUAAAUAGUAAUCUUUUAAAUUUUCCUGUGUAAACGUAAGUAUAGUGGAAAUUUUUACCAACUCUAUACUCAAGUAAAAUUUCUAUAUAUUCCCUGUGGAAAUAUAACUAUGUGAGUUUCAGACAUUCCCAAGUGUUCAAAGAUUUCUGCUUUUGCUUCUUUUGGACAUCUUGGAAACCUUAGUAACAACUGUGAAUAUAAUACAUACAAAAGAAAACAAGAACAAAGCCCUCUAUACCUAAAUGCCCAGUUCAUUGUUUGUUUUUUUUUUUUAAACCAAACCUCAAACUACUGUAUUUCAGUACCUGUACUGAAAGCAAUGCAUUGUGACUAUUAAAUGUUGCACAUCAUUCAUUCACUGUAUAGUAGCUGUUGACUAAAGGGAUUUGUCUAUGUUUUCUUUUUGUGGUUGUAUAUAUCAGGAAUUUUUCUUCCCAAAGAGCCAUGUGUCAUAGAAUAUUGAACCACUUUGAUAAUAAUUAAUUUGUACCCCUGUUACUAUUUACUAGUAAUAAUAUAGUACUAUAAUAAUAUUGUUCUAAUUCUCAUUAAAAUUGUUGCAUCCCUUUUAUAGAAUGUUUAUAUUUACAUAAGGAUUAAGUAUUCUUCUGAUACCCCGGGAUGAAGCUAUGUUUUUGUGCUUUUUCUUUGUCAUUGGCCCUUCCUUCAUUCCAAGCACUUUAUGUUGUCUGUAACGGGAUCUAUUUUUGCACUGGAAUAUCUGAGAAUUGCAAAACUAGACAAAAGUUUCACAAUAGAUUUCUAAGUUAAAUCAUUUUCAUUAAAAGGGAAAAAAAGAGAAAAACAUUGCAUUUGUCUGUAACUUUAUAUGAAGUAUUAAAGGCGUAUUUCUAUGUUGUAAUGAGUCACAAAAUAAAGCUGUGACAGUUCUGUUGGUCUAGA